UUUGACUGCAUUAUUUGGUAAUUGCAACUUACAGGUGUUGGCUUACACUAAUGAGCCUUUAAGAUCUCUGCAAAGGGAUAACUAGAGUCUGAAAAUGGAAGACACCUCUGGAAGUGGGGAACCAGUUCCCCCUGUUCAAAAGACUGCAAAGCAGCUAGAAAAGGAAGCAAAAAAGAAAGAAAAGAUGGAAAAGUUCAAGCAGAAGCAAGAGAAACAGAAGCAGACUACCCAAGUUGCUCAGCCAUCUGAGCAAAAACAGCCAAAGGAGAAGAAGCCUGAUGUCUUGAGGUAUGAGGUCAAGACACAGGUAGGAGAGAAGAAAGAUGUAUCAACCUUCCCACAAGCCUAUAGUCCAGAAUAUGUGGAAGCAGCAUGGUAUCAGUGGUGGGAGCAUCAGGGGUUCUUCAAACCUGAAUACAAUCAUCCAAAUUUGAAGGAGAAAAAUCCCAAGGGGCAAUUUGUAAUGGUCAUCCCACCUCCAAAUGUGACUGGAAGUUUGCACCUCGGACAUGCUUUGACAAAUACUGUGGAAGAUUCCAUUGCUAGAUGGCAUCGCAUGAGGGGUAAAACAACACUUUGGGUUCCUGGUUGUGAUCAUGCUGGUAUUGCCACUCAAGUUGUUGUUGAGAAGAAGCUUUGGAGAGAAAAACAACUCUCUCGCCAUGACAUUGGUCGGGAAGCUUUUGUUCAAGAAGUUUGGAAGUGGAAAAAUGAGAAAGGUGACAGAAUCUAUCAUCAGUUGAGAAGAAUGGGUUCCAGUUUUGAUUGGUCAAGGACUUGCUUCACUAUGGAUGAGAAAAGUUGUCGAGCUGUUACAGAAGCAUUUGUGCGUUUGCAUGAAGAUGGCACAAUUUAUCGCUCUACACGAUUGGUGAACUGGUCCUGCACUCUCAAGUCUGCUAUAUCUGACAUUGAGGUGGACAAAGUGGAGGUCAAUGGUCGCACUCUGUUGACUGUCCCAGGCUACAAGGAGAAAGUUGAAGUUGGAGUACUUGUGGAGUUUGCUUACCCUGUGGAAGGAGGAGAGGGGGAAGUGGUGGUUGCUACUACUCGUAUUGAGACCAUGCUGGGUGACACUGCAGUUGCUGUUCACCCCAAUGAUGAAAGAUACAAGCACUUGCAUGGGAAAUAUGUGAUUCACCCAUUCUGCAAUGGACGGAGGCUGCCCAUCGUUUGUGACGAUUUUGUGGACAUGGCUUUUGGAACUGGAGCUGUGAAGAUCACCCCAGGUCAUGAUCAUAAUGAUUAUGAGGUUGGGAAGAGGCAUGAUCUACCCUUCCUGACAAUCAUCAAUGAUGAUGGUAGAAUUUGUGGAGACUGUGGUACUUUCACUGGGAUGCCAAGAUUUGAGGCCAGAAAAGCUGUCCUUGCAGCUCUCAAAGAUAAAGGUCUCUUCAGAAAUGUCAGAGAGAAUCCAAUGAUUGUACCGAUCUGCUCAAGGUCUAAAGAUAUUGUUGAACCACUCAUCAAACCACAAUGGUAUGUCAAGUGUGAUGAGAUGGCUCAGAAGGCCAUUGCUGCAGUUCGUGAUGGUGAACUGAGGCUCAUUCCAGAGAUGUAUGUGAAAACAUGGAACUACUGGAUGGAGAAUAUUCGAGAUUGGUGCAUUUCAAGACAGCUUUGGUGGGGGCAUCGCAUUCCUGCAUAUUUCAUCACGUUCUCAGAUCCUUCACUUCCCAGUGGUGAAAGAACUGAUGAGAAUUACUGGGUGAGUGGGCGCUCAGAGACUGAUGCAAUGGAGAAAGCAGUCAAGCAGUUUCAGGUCUCUCCUGAGAAGAUUCACCUGGAGCAGGAUCCAGAUGUGUUGGACACUUGGUUUUCAGCAGCUCUAUUCCCAUUCUCGGUGAUGGGAUGGCCAGAGAAAACUGAGGACUUGGCCGUGUUUUAUCCGGGGAAUCUUCUCGAGACUGGCUAUGACAUUCUCUUCUUCUGGGUGGCACGGAUGGUGUUCUUUGGUCAGAAAUUGAUGAAGAAGCUCCCGUUCAAGGAUGUCUACUUGCACACAAUAGUGAGAGAUGCGCAUGGAAGGAAAAUGAGCAAGUCUUUGGGCAAUGUCAUUGAUCCUCUGGAUGUCAUCUGUGGCAUUACUCUUGAGCAAUUAUAUAAGCAAUUGGAGGAGAGUGGAAAUCUGGAUGAGAAGGAGAUUGCCAAAGCUAAGGAAGGCCAGAAGCAGGACUAUCCAAAUGGAAUUCCAGAGUGUGGGACAGAUGCAUUGCGUUUUGCAUUAUGUGCAUACCUCACCCCAGGGAGAGAUAUCAAUCUUGAUGUGCUACGUGUGCAAGGGUAUAGAUUCUUCUGCAACAAGCUCUGGAAUGCAACCAAAUUUGCUGUCAGUUGCCUUGGGGACAAGUUCAUUCCAUCUCUGUCACCUCAGUUGCCAGAGGGAGCCUCUCGGAUUGACAGGUGGAUACUGAGUCGACUGACUGCAGCUGUGGAAGCUGUCAAUCGAGGCUUUGAGAACUAUGAAUUCCCACCCAUCACGAUGGCUUGCUACAACUUCUGGCUGUAUGAGCUGUGUGAUGUUUACCUUGAAGCCAUCAAGCCAUGUUUCCGAGAUGGGUCCGAAGAUACCCAAGAGAGAUGUAGGCAAGUGCUUUACACGUGCCUAGAGACAGGUCUUCGUCUCAUAUCCCCUCUCAUGCCGUAUGUAUCAGAGGAACUGUGGCAGAGGCUCCCACGCAGGGCAAAUGAUGGAACUCCAAGCAUUUGUGUUGCCUCCUAUCCAGACAGCAAUGAGUGCAUCUGGAAGGCGGAAGACUUGGACAGAGACAUGGAGCUGGUGCAGAAAGUGAUCAAGGUCAUCCGCAGUGCUCGAUCUGACUAUAACCUCAUUCACAAGAUAAAAGCAGAUGUGUUCUUGAAGACAGAGGAUCAAGCAACCAGGGAGACUCUGGAGAGUUUUCAGGAUGUUAUCACUACUUUGGCAUACUGUAAGAAAGUAGCUUUGGACCACGAUACACCUUCAGGAUGUGUCAUACUCACUGUGUCUGACAAACUACAAGUUUAUCUUCAUCUUGAGGGCCUCAUUGAUAAGAAGAAAGAGUUGGAGAAGAUCAAGGAGAAGCAACAGAAGUUGGAGGCACAGAAAGGUAAAUUGGAGGAAACCAUGAAGAAGAGUGACUACGAGGUCCAAGUCCCAGAGGACAUUCGCAGUGCUAACAGUGAGAAGUUGAACCAGCUGAAAGGAGAAAUUGAAAAGCUGGCUGAAGCAUUCAGGAACUUAGAACUGAUGCCAUAGCCUCAUGUGUAUGAUUGAAUAAUGUCUUUCUCCCUGUCUGGAGCGAAAAAGAUUUGGAAGUUGGUGAAUGGGUUUCAUUUCCAUGGCCUUUCAUACUUCUUCAGGUGGUGGUUUAAACAAUGUCUGGGAAUCAUGUGAUAUAAUUGAUAGUAUUCUGUGACUUCCCAUCAGGUUUGAAUGCCAAUGCAAUCUAUAAGAAUCAUGGCCUACCCUAGAUAAUGAAGUGCCUUGGGUCAACUCUAAUUGCCCCUUCCCCACCCUGCCUGUAUGGCUCCUGAUUGUGAUAAAAAAGAAGUGCAUAGCAAGCAAUGCAUUCUGGCCUGGAUACAAGGUGGCAAUUUGCAAGGCACAGCAGUA